CACGCAUGCAUCUGGAGAACUUAUUCUUUGCUUUCCGUUGGGGAAGGCAGGACUUUUUUCUCAUGCAGAUGUACAGCUAGGGGAAUGAAGGGAUAAACCUAGGGAUAACGGUGUGAGUAUUUAAGAGGACUUCACUCCUCUCCUGGCGAAGAAUAACCUGCAUUGACUAUCUCGAUUAUUUUGUAUCUAUACCACCAUCAUGCGCCUCCACAUUACAACCAUUGCUGGUCUUUUUUUGCCGGGACUGUGCUCCGCUGCCUCGGCAGAGAUAUGCACAUCUAGAGAUGUGCUCGAGUCUCUGAACAAACUGGAAUUAGACGCUCAUAGAUCGAUUGAUAUUAUCCGCUCAGAAGACCCAGACUCAAACAUCGUGGCUAAACACCCGCCAACUGAGAAUACCUUCAACAAUUUGGUCAAGUACAAGAAUCGCGAUCUGACGUGCACUGCUGCCCCCCUCCCUCCGCAAGAACAGCAGGUGAUCUGCCACCAAUACAACGAGUAUGCCAAGGUGCAAAUCCGACCAUUCCACACGGCCCUACACGAAAAAUUCUUCUACACAUUAGUCUCCAACUCCUCUACGGCAGAAAGUUUGUACAACACGGGUGAGACUUUCAGAGCGUUUAUAUUGCCCUUCUCUAGGAAGCUUGCCGCAGUUGCACCUGACUGCGCCGAAGACAUGCUCAACGGCAGGAAAUUAAUGCUUGCCUAUGUUUAUGGCUUUCUGGAUAUGUAUCUUCCACCCAAAACGGAGCUGUAGUUGAUGUCUGGAUGUUAGGAAGUCAAGUUCCUGUAAUAUAGAUCACCACUCAACCAAGUCAAGAUCAUAGCUUCAAAAUUUUUCAUAU